UCCCAGAGAGGCAGGAAGAAAGGACUUAUACCCGACUUUCCUGUCGCUCUAGGAACCAAACUCUCUCCCUUUAACCCUUCCUGUGGCUACCUGAGGGGAGUUUGCCGCUUUGGCCUCUCCGUCAUCCUCCUCCUUCUGAGGAAAUUUGAUUGUUGGCUGAGAACUUUGGAGUAGAGCCUGUUCAGGGAUUUCUUUCCCUUGAACGAAGAGGGAGGAAAAAAUCUUGGAUACGGUUUGGUUCUCCAUCAGAGUGGUUCCAACAUGGAGAGACCCAACUCACCUGGACCUGAAGCAGGCAGGGUCACUGGGAGCAGUGGGGAAUACUGGGAAAGAACUACGCAGACGUUUCUGAAUGCGCACAUACAGCACCAGCGCUUCAGGCAGUCCUCCUACCGAGAGGGCGAGGGGCCCAGAGAGGUUUGCAGCCGCCUCCACGAUCUCUGCUGCCAGUGGCUGAAGCCAGAGCAACACACCAAGGCUGAGAUGCUGGACCUGGUGGUCCUGGAGAGGUUCCUAAGCCUCCUGCCCCCAGAGAUGGGGAGCUGGGUCCGAGAGUGUGGGGCAGAGACCUCUUCCCAGGCGGUGGCCCUGGCGGAAGGCUUCCUCCUGAGUCGGGCAGAGGACAAGAGGCAGGAAGAACAGGCUCAAAAUAACUGCAUUCAAGUCCACCCUGAUGUCUUUGAAUCAGAGCAACCUCCAUCAGGCACCACCCAGAGCCUCCAGCAGAAGGAGCUCAAUCAGGAAGGAGAUAGGGCUGCAGCCUCGCAGAGGGGUGUAAUGAUGUCGUUGCAGAAUCCUCAGUUGUUUCUUCUCCUUUGUGAUGGAGUGGAACUGAAUCAGUGCCCAAUUGCCUUUGAGGAUGUGGCUGUCCAUUUCUCCCUGGAGGAGUGGGUUCUUCUGAAUCCUGAUCAGAAAGCCUUGCACGUGCAGAUCAUGGAGGAGAUUCAUGGGAUUGUGGACUCUCUUGAUACCUGGAAGAAGAGCAAUGUAUGCACCAAACGCAGGAGGCAUUUGGGACACAACGGAGGCCUUCCUAGACACCAACAAACCCACAAACAAGAUGGAGGUUCUGCCAGAGAAAGGCCCUACAAAUGCUAUAUAUGUGGUCAAUGUUUUACCCAAAAUAUGGCACUUAUACUUCACAAGACACUCCAUGCUGGGAAAAGCCAUUGUAAAUGGAAAGUGUCAGCAAAAUGUGUUGCUGAUUACAAACUUUCAGAUCUGAGCCAACAAGAAAUCUUUGAAGGAACUGAGGAUUUCAUAAGCCAGGAGUGUGGGAAAUCUUUUGUCCAGAGUUCAUUCUUAGUGAAACACAAGAGAUUUCACACAGGACUGAAGCCAUACCCAUGCCGGGAUUGUGUGAAAAGUUUUGCUUCCAGAUCACAGUUGGUGAAGCACAAAAGACUCCACACAGGAGAGAAGCCAUACCAAUGCCAGGAGUGUGGGAAAUGUUUUGCUGACAGUUCAGCCUUGGUGAGGCACAAAAUACUCCACACAGGAGAGAAGCCAUACCAAUGCCAAGAGUGUGGGAAAUGUUUUACUUCUAGUUCAAACUUGGUGAGCCACAAAAGACGCCACACAGGAGAGAAGCCAUACCAAUGCCAGGAGUGUGGGAAAUGUUUUGCUGACGGUUCAACCUUGGUGAGGCACAAAAGAGUCCACACAGGAGAGAAGCCAUUCCAAUGCCAGGAGUGUGGGAAAUGUUUUGCUCGCAGUUCAAACUUGGUGAGGCACAAAGGAUGCCACACAGGAGAUAAGCGGCACAAAUGGCAGGAGUGUGGGAAAUUUUUUACAUCUAGUUCAAACUUGGUCAAGCACAAAAGACUCCACACAGGAGUUAUGUCAUACCAAUGUCAAGAGUGUGGGAAAUGUUUUUCUUGGAAGUCAUCCCUUGUAAGCCACCAGAGAAUUCAUACAGGAGAAAAACCAUACAGAUGCCCUGAUUGUGGGAAAUGUUUUUCCUACAGUUCGCACUUGGUGAGGCAUGAAAGACUUCACUCAGGAGAGAAGCCACACAAAUGCCAGGAGUGUGGGAAAUGUUUUGUUCAAAGUUCAUCCCUUGUGAGCCACGAGAGAGUUCACACAGGAGAAAAACCAUACAAAUGCAUGGAGUGCGGGAAAUGUUAUAUUCAAAGUGCAUCCCUUGUGAGCCACCAAAGAGUUCACACAGGAGAAAAACCAUACAAAUGCAUGGAUUGUGGGAAAUGUUUUCCUCACUCUUCAUCCUUUAAGAGGCACCAGGAAAUUCACACAGGUUAAAAAACCUAGAAAUACUAGGCGUAUGGGAAAUGUUUUCUUCGGGCUUCAUACUUUUUGAAUAAUCCGAGACUACAUACAGGAGAGAAAUCAUCCAAAGAGCCUGGGCAAAACUCAUAAAAUGUGUUGCAACAGGGAAGGGGCAGGUUCUGGACAUUCUGGUCCUGUAGACCACACAUUCAACAUUUCCUGAUGAACACGUGUUUCUAAGUACAUUUCAACUGUACCUUCGGUUUAACUUCUGAUACAAUAAAUAAAUAAAUUCCCUUGGCUUCAAAUACCACUUGGCUUGACUUUGGACUGAUCUCUUAGACAACUCUCUUCUUGGUUUUGAACUCUUGUUCAGUUUGUUUUUUGUUUUGCUUUCUUUGACUUGGGACUGUUUUGGAGAACUCUUUUGCUUCUCUGGACACUAGUAUCACCAUGGGACUGGACUGCCUUUCCUCUGGUCAGCCUUUGUGGGUAAACUUUUUAUUUCAAACAGGAUGUUUUGAGAAGUUCUGCCUAAGAUUUGGUAGAGUCCCCAUUCUUGUCAUUUAAAUCCUUGAGUUGAAGUCCUGUUCUUGGAACGACAGCUUCCUUUGACAGAGGGUUAAACACGAUUGUCACGUCACUUAAAAAAAACAUAUUUAAGUCCAUCAAUUGUUCCUCUGGGCUUAAUUUCCAGCUACUUUUACCAUCUUGGUUGCCAAUUUUCAGUUUGUGAAUGUUGUUUUUCAGCCGGGAUUCCAGAAUUGAACACAGUGCUUCUGUUGAGGCCAACCCAAAGAUGCUUACCCUAUUAUUUCCCUUGAUGUGCAAAUUGUAUCUCUGGCUAGAAUUUACCGGCUGUUUCCCUGUUCCUGACACACACACUUUUAAUCCACAUUAAAUUGAAAAACGUGAGUCUUGUUGUUAUUUUUGAAUUAACAAUUUUAUAUGUCAUUGAUUUUGUUAUAGACUGUGAUAAUUUGAUCUUUCGCAAAAUUUAAGUCCCUGGAUCUUAUACAUGAAGAAAAUAAGUUUGCCUGUGUAAAGCAAACAUGGGCAAACUUUGGCCUUUCAGGUGUUUUCAAACUUCAACUCCCACAAUUCUCUUUUAAUUAAUAAUUUUAUUACAUUUCUAUUCCAUUUCAUUUCAAAAUACAAUCUCAAUAAUUAUAUUCCUGUUUUAACGCUUUAUCUUGUAUGGUGACCUUUUAUGAUUGUUUUUAUCGAUGCUGAUGUUUUAUUGCUGUGUAAUUUGUUUUAUUGUUGUUUUGCUUUUAUAUUGUUCUGUCUGGGCAAGGCCCCAUGUAAGCCGCCCCGAGUCCCUUCGGGGAGAUGGGGCAGGGUAUAAGAAUAAAGUUGUUGUUGUUAUUAUUAUUAUUAUUAUUAUUAUUAUUAUUAUUAUUAUUAAUUCAUAUAUUAAUUUCUUCUUAUUUCCCCUGUUGUGCUCCCCAUCUCCCGAGUCCUUCCUUUCUUUGUGAUCCCACCAGAAUUUCAUUUCUUCUGGUGAGGGUUGUUUCUCAUCUUUUUUUGUUCACUGUUUCAUCAGUCAUUUUUUUCCACGUGCUUUCAGAAUGGCUAUUUUUCCUUAGGCCUUUUUAACCUCUAAAUAACAUGUUAAUUUAUCCUUUAUUGUUAAUAUCUAUAUUUCCUUCCACCAUUCUUCAAUCUUAAUUUCUAGCCUUCCUUUCUAAUAUUUUUCUAUUAAUAGCCUUGCUGCUGUUAAGAACAUAGUUAUCAAAUUAUUUUUUGUUUUCUUUCCAGUCAUCUGUAUUGUAUAAAGAUAACAAUACAGUUGCUGAAUUUUUAUUAAUUUUUUUCUUCACAAUGAUUUCUCUCUAUUGUAUCUUUUCCCCAGAACCUCUGUAUGUAUUUGCAUUGCCACCACAUGUGAUUAUACAUUCCCAUUUCUUGGCAACCCCUCCAACAUUUUUUUGAACAGCUCUUAUCCAUAUUACACAUCUCUGUUGUGGCCAAGUACCAUUUCCAUAUCAUUUUGCAGUUGUUUUUCAUUCAGUCGCUUCCGACUCUUCAUGACCUUAUGGACCAGCCCAUGCCAGAGCUCCCUGUUGUCCAUCACCACCCCCACUUCCUUCAAGGUCAAGCCAGUCACUUCAAGGAUACCAUCCAUCCAUCUUGCCCUUGGUCGGCCCCUCUUCCUUUUUCCUUCCAUUUUCCCCAGCAUCAUUCUCUUCUCUUAAGCUUUCCAGUCUUCCCAUUUUGUGGCCAGAGUACUUCAUCUUUCCCUCUUUUGCUCCCGGGCUCUCCCCUUCACCUCUACUCACUGGGACCCCCAAGGCAGCAUCCUACUACUGCUAGUGAGGCCUUUGUCUGCCACUUCGCCAUCGCUAGGACCACCCCCACCGGCUCUGUGCUGCCAGACAGCGCCAUCCCCUCCACAGCCAUGAUGCCCCUUUAAACCUUUUUUCUGCCCUUUCCACCUUUCUCUCCCUUUUCUUUUCCUCCUUUCCUUCUCUCUCCCUUCCACCCUUCCCUCUUUCGUUUUCUUUCUUCUCUUUGUUGCUUCUAUCCUCUUGUCAUCCAUUUCUACCUCUUCCUAUCCUCUUUCUUUCCCUCUUUCUCCCUUCCUUCUUUCCUUCUCAUCUUUACCACAGAUUGUUAAUCACCAGCUGCAGUAAAUCUUACCAAUCGAAAGGUUGGGAGUUCGAAGCCUGGGUCAGGGUGAGCACCCAACCUUCAGCCCAGCUCACUGCCCACCUAAGUAGUUCGAAAAUAGCCGUGAGUAGAUAAAUUAGGUACCGCUUAAGCAGGGAGGUAUUUUAUGGCACCAUAAAAAGGAAAUACCAGAAAUUUCCGGCGAUCAAAUAAAGGAGGAAGUCCGUGAUCAUGGGCUCUUCGACAUGGAGGAUGGAGCAACAGCACCUCCAUGUGGCUGGAAUCAAGCACAACCUCCAGGAUGCCGAAGAAUGGAAAUGCCAAGGAAUACCUCUAUCUGUUGUCUUUCUUGUCUGUAUAACAGCAUUGAAUGUUUGUCAUAUAUGUGUUUUGUGAUCUCCCCUUCGGGGUGAGAAGGGCAGAAUAUAAAUGUUGCAAAUAAAUAUAUAAUUCUUCA